CAUCGCUAUUACCGUACACGGAAAGGGAGAGUGUUGGGAUAGGGUGUGAAUAUUGCAUUCUCAAGCAAGAGUCUCCAUCCCCUAGCAUAAUUGUACGAUUUAACCUGAGAUACUUUCUUGUGUUCGUGGGUGAGACGCAAGCCAACUGGCCGAAGUGGCUGUGUUUUGGAUUGGCUGAAUGGAAGUCCGAAAUUUGA